AAACUUCUUUCACCAUUUACCCUUCUGGCCUUCUUCUUCUGCGCUUUUCCUCUUCUCUUCGGCCGGCUUAGCCUGUGAUUGGGAACCCAUAAUCAGCGAAGAGCAGAAGUCGGCGUUGUAUUUAGUGCCCACCUCUUGGAAGAAUCCGCCGAACGGGAAGACGCCAUUUCUACAGAGACGCGACUGUUAUCUCCGGCGAAAUUGCGACCACCAAUUCCUCACCGGAAUCCAAGUUCCAGGCGCCGUAAUAUCGUAAGGGUUGAUUAGCGACAUCGACGAUUUCGUGUGGGGUUUUUCCGUGUAAGAAAUCUUUACGCCAAGCAGAUUCCAGUCCCUAUGAGAGACCAGGUCGGCAGUUACAUUCGGUAUCCAGCUGCUAUGACUGGAUACGAGGAACUCAAAAACAAUCCCAAGAUGUUUAUGGAUACUUUGGAGAAGUUCCAUUCGUUUAUGGGGACCAAGUUCAUGAUCCCCAUAAUAGGGGGAAAAGAAUUGGAUUUGCAUCGGCUUUUUGUGGAGGUGACACAACGUGGCGGUAUUCAAAAGAUCCUUGAUGAGAAAAGAUGGAAAGAAGUGACUGCCACAUUCAACUUCCCAUCCACUGCAACAAAUGCAUCUUUUGUAUUGCGCAAGUACUACAUGUCAUUGCUUCACCACUAUGAACAGCUCUACUUCCUUAGAGCACAAGGCUGGAAUGCUGCCGCAUCAGCAGCAGUUCCUCUACAGAACCCAUCAACAGAAAACCAAGCAGCUGCACAACAGCACAAUAGGAUAAAUGUUGCAGCUCAACUGCCAGGAGCCAGCGGCUUACCCUCAAUUGUUGGUGUAAUUGAUGGCAAGUUUGACAGUGGUUAUCUCGUCACUGUCACAAUAGGCAAUGAGAAGCUGCAAGGUGUUGUUUAUCAGGCAGCGACGGAGGCCCAGCAGCAACACUACUAUGGUUUGUCAGCAAACAACAACAACAACAACAAUGAAACCACGGAGAGUGGUGUAGUACGCAGCAAGCGAAGAAGAAAGGAGACACGAACGAGGGAUCCCAAUCAAUUGCUGCUCAGUGAGGCAGCAGGACAACAUCAGCAGCCUGAACAACAGGACGUGAAUAUGGUAGUGGAACCCGGUCGCGAAACUAGAGGCUGGGAAUCACCCCCCGACAAUGAGAGCAGUAGUUUCGAUGAUGAGGUUGAUUCUGACGAUGACGACGACGAGGACCAUGCGAAGAAUGUGGCGUCUGUGGCGGUGGCAGCCGGAGAAGAUUCGGUGAGUAGGGAAGAAACUCGCCCAGUCGAGGGUUUAGGUGUUCUUCCUUCUUAGCUACUUCGAAUGAUGCUUAUGUUUUCUAAUUAGGUUUUUUAUCAUUUUAAAAUUUUCCCAGUAGGGUUAGACCAUAUUCGGGAUGAGAAUUAUGUACAUUUUUACUUGUGCGGCAAGGAAUAGCUAGUUAAUGUUAAGUUGUGAUUGAACC